AUGUCCUAUCGAAGUUUUACAGUAGAAGCCUGGAUAUAUCCAACAACAGUAAGUGGUGAUAAUACGAUAUUCAGCCAGUGUGCAUGUAUAACGUGCACAAAUCAAUGCUUAACUUUAAUCCUCCGCGGUGGUCGAUUAUAUAUGAGCUUUGGAUUCAAUGAUUUACAAGGGACAACGCAAUUAACAGCAAGUGUCUGGUAUCAUGUUGCAUUUGUUUACAAUUACGCAACAUCACAACAAAUAAUUUAUCUGGAUGGCGUGCAAGAUGGUGUACGAACGAGUACACAGCCUUACCAAGGUCAAAAUGGUUCAAUAAUAAUUGGAGCACAGUCAACAUCAUAUUAUUACUUCGGGUAUAUUGAUAAUUUAGCCCUCACAACACGGGCUAAAAGUGCAUCGGAAAUUUCCGAUGACGCUACACUAAUGUUUUAUUAUUCAUUUGAUUUACCAAAUCCAUUCUAUGGCAAUUUACUGAGUCUUUUCAAUAAUACUGCUUACUGGAAUUAUUUUACUUCUUACUCGAAUUAUUUGUCGAUAUCAACUACCACGGGACGUGUGAAUCAGGGAAUUCGACCCGCUAUAACACCAUCUUAUUUUCAAAUGUGUUGUUUUUAUCAAAUGGCUAUGUUUAAUAACAAACCAUAUACAUUUGCAAUAUGGAUUUAUCCAACAUCGAUUGCUGGUGGUUCAAUUGUACAUGUAUCAUAUUACCAUAGUAAUUCUGGCAGUGGUACUACUUGUAAUGGUCAUGAUGUACUGGCACUUACGUAUAGUGGACAAAUUCUUGCACAACUGUAUCAGAGUUCUAGUUAUCAAAGUUAUAUUGGUAGGCGUUUAUCGAUAAAUACAUGGACACAUGUUGCCGGUACCUAUAGUUCCUCAAAUGGUCUUAUUCUCUAUGUUGAUGGUGUUCAAGAAGGUUCAGUGUCCGCCACUACAUACGGUAAUUGUGGUUUUCCUUUUUUUGUAACACUUGGAUACAGCUGGAAUAUUGGGUAUGGUUAUAGUCCUGGCAUUUCAUUUCAAGGAUACUUAGAUGAAUUUUAUACGUAUAGACGUGAACUCAGUGCAACAGAAAUAUUGGCACUCGCUAGCGUAUAA